AGUUCAUCAUCCAGAAUUCACACACAUUGCAUUGCAUCCAUCAUCACCCUUAUAGAGUCGUGCGCCAUCACGUAUCGAACGCGUGGAACGAAGUUAUCAUCGUCGAAUCAGACUGAUCGAUUGAUUCAUUUUUCUUUCUUCCUCUGAUUCCCGAAAAGACAAGAAGCGGACCUCUACGUUUGAGCACCUUAACGUACUGCCCCGCCAAUAAGCAAAUUGAUACAGUCGAUUUCCUCAAGUCUGACCAACACGACUCAAGUCUCCCUGCACCUGGCAGAUCAAGACAAUUGAUGCUAUCAAUUUCCCCUAAGCCAGACUCAGAGUUGCGUUUUGGCAAGUUUAAGGCUAAAACCGACCCUGAUCUCCGCAAGCACCUGAAAAAACAUAGCGACGUUAUGCCUUUUGCGUGUCCUCAUUGCGAGUUUAGGGCUAAAACCAACCCUGAACUCUGCAGCCACCAGAAAACACACGGAAGGCCCUUUGCGUGUACCGUGGAUGGUUGCGGUCAGACAUUCACAGAAGAGAGGUAUCUCAAGAACCAUGAGAAAACAUGCUCCAAAGGGCGUUUGGUAUGUAAAGAGCCGGGUUGCGGUCAGAAGUUCACAAAACCCUGUAACCUUACCAGACACGAAAAGAGCCAGCAUAAGAAGGGUUGACAGGUCAGGUGAGGGUGUUUGUUGAGUUGAACGGUGGUAGUGAUGAUAGGAUGGAGUUGAGGGGAUAGUGGAAAGAUAGGCACGGAGAAAGGAUUGGAGACUAUGGCCAUGUUGAGUGUAUCUAGGGUGGUAAUCGAAAGUGUUAAUUGUCUUAA